AUGGACGAGCAAAGUAAAUUAUCUCUUAAGGAGUAAAUUACCUAAGAUCUAGGCUGGAUAGUCAUCCCUCAAUCAGAAGCAUUGCUUAAAAAUAAGACAUAAAGAAUAAAUAGUGAGGAUGAUAAGACCUUGCUAACUAAUAUCAAAUACUAUAAGGUUUAAAAGGGUGAUACAUUGUUCAAAAUAGCUUAUAUUUUUGGAAUCUCACAAAGAAUGAUAAAGGAACUAAACAACCUAUAUUCAGAAGAUGUAUUCCCAGAAUAAAUUCUAAAAAUAAUUGAUAAUAAUAGCGGCAAUUCUCAUCUUCUAUCUGACAAUGAAAAUGGGGAGUUAUAAAGAGCAACUGCUUGUUUUGGUGGAAGUGAUUAACAAAAGUACAAUACUAAUGACCGAAGUAUUUAAAAUCAGUCAUACUAAAACAACAACGAAAGUUCCUACUUUGGCGAAGAUAGUCUUACAAAUGCUGAUCUGUUUAAUAAUUUGGACUCUAUUGAUAGAUUAUCCUUAAGAUCAUAAUCAAUGAGAACUCAAAUGUCUCCUGUAAUGACAUUUGAUGAUAUUAGUUCUCAAUUCUAGAGACUACAAAUGGGCUAUAAGGAGAUGUAAGAAAGCUUCAAGCAGUACUCUUAGAAGGGCAACUAGACUGACGCAUAUUACUGUACUAAGAAUGGUAAAGUCAAAGGCAUCAUGACAUUAACAGAGCACCUUGUCAUGUUCAAUCCAAUUAAAUGUGCUGAAAAUGAAUAAUUUACGAAAGAUUUACAACAGUAUCAGGCAAUAAUAGAUCUUUAGGAUAUAGUGUCUGCCCAAUAGAUAAGAAAUGAAAAUGAGUCUUGCAAGUUUAUAGAGGAUCCGGAAAUCAAGAAGAACUACAAAUACGAUUACUAUAUCCAGUUGAAUCUUUCUACUGUAAAUGGAAAUUCUCUUAAAUAACUCAUAUCAAGAGGAGGCUAGAAUGGUAAAAAGGGCCUAGCUAAUGAGGAGAAUAAAGACAAUGAUGGAUUUGGCAGUGUAAUGGAUGAAAACAAUCAUCUGCUCAAAUGUUUCCAUCUCAAGAGUAUCAAAUCAAUUGCAAGUGUUUACUUUAGAUUCUCACAUAGAGAUCUAAAAGGCAAAGCAUUAUCUAACAAGACACAGAAAACAAUUGUAGAGGAAAUUUAUGAUAAGAUGCUAGCAUAUAUAGAUUACUAAAAAUCCUGCAAAAGAGAAGUCUCCUCAACAUAUGUUAAAUUCUACGAUUAAAAUGUAGACAGCAAUCAACAGAGCUUUCUUAACUUUCACAGCAAUAAAGAUUCUUAAUAGCAAAAACUUGUCGACCAAUACCAGUAUGCCUCAAAAGGCCCGUUAACAAAGAACAGUUUGCUUAUAUCUGUGUGUUUACCUGAAUUCAACAUAAUGGUGAAGGACUAGUCUGAGAUAAUUACAAAUGAAAACAGAAAGUUGAUAACUUUCUUUUUACCUGGGCUCAUCAGAAUGAGAGAAUGGAAACUGCUUUACACCAUCAGUGUCGAUGGUGUAUCUAUGUAGACUUUCUUUAGAAGAGUUAAAAGCAGAGAUAAUACAGUGAUCAUUAUCAAGGACCUGAAUGACUCAAUAUUCGGAGCAUACUGCUGCGAAGAGUGGAAGAAGCAUCAAGGAUAUUUUGGGCUUGGAGAGAGUUUUGUGUUCAAGUUUAUUGAUGAGCAAGAAGAUAUCAAGGUCUUUGGAUACACUCAAGAAAAUGAUAAGAUUUAGUUCUGCGAUGAUAACUGUCUCAUGAUUGGAGGAGGAAAGAGAGAUGGAAGGUCAAGUGAGAGUGAGACGUUUAACAAUGAAGUGCUCUCGGCUGAAAGAGACUUCUAUGUCAAAGCCUUUGAAGUUUGGGGCUUCGACUUUAUAUGA